AUGCUUCCCAAUCAGACACAUGUGCAACCGCAUUAUACAUUACCUGGCGUAAUGCACUACUUACAAACAGAAUUCACCAAAAAUGAGAGGGAUAGAAUAACGUGGGAACUGGAAAGAUCCGAAAUGAAAGCCAGAAUUACUCAAUUGGAAGGUGAAAAUAGAAAUCUUCGUUAUAAAUUAGCCAAUUUAGAAAAUACCACUCCUUCAGUAGCAGAAAUAAAGCCACAAGAGAAUGGUUCAAGCUCAUCACUCACAUCCUUAUUGAAAUCUAAGGUGUCCGUUCAAGAGAAUGUGAAAGAAAUCAUAUACUUAUUGAAAAACCCAGAUGUAACAGGUCAAUUGGGAGCUUUAAGUGACAAGGAUAAUGUAUUCCAUAGCAUUGAAAAAUUAAAUCUUAAUAAUAAUAAUGAAACAGAUAACACCAAUAUCCAUGACCCCUUAUUUAACCAUAAUAUUGUCCCCCAGGAAAUAGAUUCCACAAAUAGUGAUAUGUUACCUAUAGGGCAUAAAAAGGAUAACAAUUAUGCCUCGGAUGCAGAGACGAUAACACUGAACGACGACAAUCCUGACACUUCCAUGGAUAGUGACUCAUCAUCGCUGUUUUCCGUCAAAAAAGUAAACCCGGUUCAAUCAAUGACUACGAGUACGAAGCCUUUAGACGCCACGAAGCAGGUUUCCCUUUCCACAGGACCUAUUAAAGAUAUAACUGUUUGCAGAGCCAAUAUGGUAUCAUUUUCAGGAAAUGGGGAGCUAAAACUUACAACUUUUAGGAAGGAUUUGGAUAUAGAUGUUGUAACGAUCGAUGAAAAUGUGAAAUGUGAGUCGCUAUUCUGGUUUGAUCAUAAUCAAAUCAUGAUUCUAAACAAUAAGGAGCUGCAAAUAUGGUCUUCUGUUGACAGGACUAUGCUCUGUAAAACAGAUUUUUUCAAGAGAGAAGAGUUUUCAAACGACUUUAAGUUUUCCGAUAUUAAGAGUAUUGAUUUUAAAAAUAAGUGGUUGCUAAUUGCAUUAGACAAAAAAGUAUACAUCUGGGAAGUUAAUGUUUCCAAAAGUAAUGAUUUAGUUGAUGAAUAUAAAAUAUUUGCCGUUCGGAAGACCACCGUUAACACAACGAAUCCAAUUAUCGGAUCUAUUUUAGGCAUAACAGAAAAAUCUUUGAUUAUAUUGUCCACAGAUCCUUAUGAAUUUAGCAUAUAUAAUUUUCAAGGGAAGAUAUUACACACUGUUGAUCUAGGUCAAAGUAUUGGGGACAACAUAUCGUCAUCGUUUACACACGGUAGACUAGUGCUUAACAAAGAAACGUCUAAAUUAUUACUUCAAAUAGGUAAGGCACUGAUAGUAUAUUCAUUUGACCAAAAACGCAUUAUCGUAGGGGAGGUACUUAGAAACGAACCUUGUAGCGUAUUGUUUCAGACAGAUUCAGAUUUCAUUCUUUUGGCUUAUCGAAGUGGUCUCAUCGAACUUAGAAAACUUCCUUCAUUUCAAAAUAUCAUAAAAAAGUAUAAUCACUACGAAGAAAUGUCAAGUGUAAAUAAGAAUGUGUGUGAUAUUGUUGUGGAAACAGUGUGGUCAGAAGGAACACCAGUUAUUAUAUCAGGUGGUGAAAAUGGCAUCCUGAGGUUGGAGAGGAUUGCAGAGUUUGUAUAA